GUCAAAAUCACCAGCUUGCUUUUGUCGUUGAAAGGUGAAGGUUUCGUAACUUCGUGUAAUAUUUUGCUUGUGGCACACGUGGUUGCACAUAGAGAAGAAGUUAAUAAAUACGGAAUAUUCUUCGAACCAAAUAUAUAAUCAUGUCAAACGAAUUUGAAGAAGGACAAUUUUAGCGACGCUGAAGAAGAGUGUGGAGCAGCAUGCGUAGUGAAGACAUUGAAAGAGAAGUUUGUACUCAGUAAAGAUCAGCAGCUCAAAAAAAGAAUGACCAAUUUGUACAUUUGGAGAUAAUGCUGAAGAUAGUGAUGAGAAUUAUAAUUGUGCUUAUGAUUUAAUGGAAGAAAAUCUUUGCCAGAAAGAAUCAAGUUCACAAGUUCAAAUCCAUCCAAUGUAAUGAGUUAUCAGCCAAAAUAUAAAAUAAAUCGUUACGCAAACAAAAUUAAUGUGAAUAAAUAUGCAGGCCCAUCGUUGCCAAGCCAUGUGGUUAAUACAUUGAAUGAGAAUGACAAACGUGUGGAUAAAAAUCGCAUAAGAUUGAAAGACAGGAGCGAUAAUGCAACGAUUGAGAAUGUAUUGGAUAUGAAAAUUAUAAAGAAAUUGCACAAGUUGUUCGAAAAAGGAGUAUUAGCGGAAAUAAAUGGUUGUAUCUCAACUGGGAAAGAGGCUAAUGUAUAUUAUGCAAAAUCGAAAAACAAUGAUGAGAUUGCUAUUAAAAUAUAUAGAACAAGCAUCAUGCAAUUUAAAAAGCGAGAAAAGUACAUUAGGGGUGAAUACCGUUUUGAUCAUGUACACUCCCUGCGCAAUCCGCGUAAAAUGGUGCAGGUUUGGGUGGAAAAGGAAUUCUAUAAUUUAAAGCGUCUCCAACAAGGUGGUGUCAGAGCUCCCCAGCCGAUUUUAUGCAGUGAUUAUUUGUUGCUAAUGGAGUUUUUAGGUUCAGAUGGCUGGGCUGCACCUAAAUUGAAAGAUGUUGUACUCCCAGAGUCAAAGUUUAGUGUACUAUAUAGAGAAUGUAUUGAAAUUAUGUGGAGAAUGUAUAACCAAUGUCGACUUGUUCAUGCUGAUUUAAGCGAAUAUAAUAUGUUAUAUCACAAGGGAUCAAUUGUAAUCAUUGAUGUUUCACAAGCUGUAGAUCGUGAUCAUUGCCAUGCAACAGAAUUUCUAAGGAAGGACUGUAGUAAUAUUACAACAUAUUUCGAAAAGCAUAAUGUAGAUGUUAUGCCACUUCAAGCAUUAUUUGAUUUCAUAACGGAUCCAACUGUAAACGAAUCUAACAUGGAUGAGUAUUUGGACACAAAAAUGCAAGAGGUAAAUCAAGAAAAUGAUCCAGAACAGCAAAUAAAAGAAGCAGUUUUUAAACAAGCUUACAUUCCACAAACACUGACACAGGUGGUUAAUGUGGAACGUGAUAUAAAACUUGCAAAAUCCGGACAGAAAGAUUUGAUUUAUAAGACAAUGCUUGGUUUAAAAUCAGAUUUAUCUUCGCCUGCGAAAGUACCAGAGAUUCUCGAAAACAAACACAAUAAAGAUAGGACAAGUAGUUUUAAUUCUGAUAGCGAAAAUAGUGAAGACGAUAGCGAAGACGAUAGCGAAGAUAACAGUGAAACAGGAAGCGAGGAAUUUGAAAAAAGCAAAUUUGUAAAUUCGGCUAGGCCUCGAGAUGAAAGCCCCGACAGUAGAAAAAUUCGCAAGAAGGCAGUCAAAGAACAGCAAGCGGAGAAGAGAAAAACCAAAAUAAAAAAGCAUGUGAAGAAACGUAAUGUAAAAGUGACAAAGAACAGAAAAUAGAUAAAUAGGAAAUACACACAUGUAAGCAUAAAUGUAGGAUAAAUCUUUCGUAAUGUCAAAUGAAAGAUUAAUGUUUGUGUACAAAUUCUACGCAUUAAAUAUUUUUCACAUA